AUAUCAGGGAUAUCUCUCUGUCUGAUCACUCCCUCUAUUUAUACAAUGCAAUAUGCCAAUUAAGGGCUAGCUAUCAGACUCAUUACCUGAUCCAACCCCCUUUUUGUUCUUUCAACACAAAAUGGUUCACCCAAUUCAAGAGGCCAAUGAAAACAGCCCUUAUGGGGACCUCACAAGGGAAGAAUUCUACAAAAAGCACCAAAUCCUCCACCAAGAGAAUUUCAUUUUAAACAAACAAGACCUUAAAAUAUUCACUCAGUCCUGGUGCCCAGCCGGCACCGCUGCCUCUCUGCUUAGGGGGCUCGUGGCCAUUGUCCACGGCUUCAACUGCGAGAGCAGCUGGCUCUUUGAGCUGACAGCGGUCGCCAUAGCCAAAGCCGGGUUCGUUGUUUGUGCACUUGACCUUCAAGGCCAUGGAUACUCCGAUGGGUUACCAGGUCAUGUCCCCAGUAUUCGACCCGUGGUUGAGGAUUGUAUCCGGGUCUUUGACUCGGCCCGAGCCGAACAUCCCAAGCUGCCGGCUUUUCUUUUCGGGGAGUCUUUGGGUGGGGCAAUAGCUAUACUUGUGUGUCUGAAACAGAGGAGGGAAUGGAGUGGGUUGAUAGUAAGUGGAGCCAUGUGUGGUGUUUCCACAAAGGUGAAGCCGGUAUGGCCACUGGAGGAGCUACUUCCGGUGGCGGCGUUCUUCGCCCCGACUUGGAAAAUAGUCAUCACGAAGCCGCCGGCGAGCAAGUCGUACAAGGAGGAGUGGAAGAGAAAACUGGCGGGGAAAAGUCCAAACAGGCCGAAAUGCGGGAAGCCGACGGCGGCGACAGCAUUGGAGUUUCUUAGGGUUUGUGAGCACAUAAAGAGGAAUUGCCAGGGGCUAGAAACUCCUCUGCUGGUGGUGCACGGUGGGGAAGAUAGGGUUUGUGACCCAAAUUCAGCUAAGUUGGUUUAUGAAACUGCUGCAAGUAAGGACAAGAGCUUGAGGAUAUUUCCCGAAAUGUGGCAUCAGUUUAUUGGGGAGCCAAAUGAGAGUGUUGAGAUGGUGUUUGGGACUAUUUUGUCAUGGAUUGAAGAAAGGACUCAUGAAAAGGAUUCUUUAUCUUUUUUCUCAGCGAUUUAAUUGUUCAACGAUCCCCCAGAGUUCAUGACUUUUGUUACUGUGCUAAAAUCAUCGGAGGAGAGGUAGGGGUUUUCAAAAUUUUAGUUUUACAUUGGUCAUGUUGUUCUUCAUGAAUAGUAUGUGUAACCAUAGAUAGCAAUGAGAGAUGUAAUUAAUGGAAUGUGGAAUAUAGUCACAUUAUUAAUC